AUGUCGCUCACGCGAAAUGUACCCCAGACAUACCCACUUGACAGUUACCUCACAACCAUUAAUGAGCUACUCUCGCCGCAGACGCCAGAUCUGAUUCUGAACGAAUGCAACCAGCCAGCAGAGCUCCAACGGACUUUCAAAACCCGACUUCCUAAUGUCUCCCAAGAUACCGCCGAAUACCUUCAUCUUAAAGGAGCGCUCAGGAUAGUUCCCAUCGAGCUUCGAAACCAGUUGAUUGGGGGAUACAUCAAAUAUGUCCACCCUUUGCUUCCUAUCAUUGACCUGCAAAAAUUCUUACUCGAUGUCAUGGUGGAGGAUGAGUCUCAGUUUGCAAGCCCCCUGCUUCAUCAAUCUGUGAUGCUAGCCGGGAGUGCGUUUAUUGAACAGGAUGAUGCCAUAAAAGCCGGAUUCUCCUCACGCAAAGCACUACGCAGAACACUGUUUGGGCGCGCGAAAAUUCUGUACGAAUUUGAUACUGAGCCCAAUGCGUAUACUCAGAUCCAAGCAUUGUUACUUAUGAUGCAAUGGCAUGGCAGUGGAGCGGGUCACAAGGAUCCAACUUAUUGGUUUGACCUUGCAUAUUCGACAGCAGAACGCGUUGGUCUGCUCAAAAGCUUGGAGCCAGGGAGCUUCUCCCACAAGCAUCGACUGUGGUGGUGUCUCUAUGUGCGCGAUCGAAUCCUUUCCAUCGGUUUCCGACGGCCUCUGCGCAUUCCCAAUGGCGAUGUCACAAUGUCCUUGCUAGAUUCUACCAAGUACUACUCAUCCGAGCCUUACCACGAGCUGGUUCUUGCUAUGCUGGGAGACGCAUCGGCCAUGUUGAACUGGGAAAAUCAGGAACGAAUGAUGCUCUUGUUCAUCCAAGAGAUAAAAUUGAGUCAUUGCGUCGGACUCAUUGUAGAGCAUUUCUACCAAGACGCCUGGACAAUGUCGCCUUCAGGAUACCCUAUCUAUUCUCUCGCUCCCAAGUCGAAGGUAUCUCUUGCUGCCAUGGCAGGAUGUCAGCGACUUCUCAAGUCUUGGAUUCAAGACCUCCCUGCUCCAGCACAUUAUUACCCUCCAUCGUUAUUGCAAAGUUAUCAUCCGGGGUCCCCAGAUAUCGUUCUUCUUGUCCAUCAAUCAUUUCUAUACCUCCUCCAUCUCACAGCAACAUCGAUUCUCUGUCAAGUCGCCCCAGAUGGAGUAGAUGGUAUUCGAGCUACCAUAAUGCCAGAAAUGGGGCAGUUGACAUCACGAGUAAUUGAGACACUCAAUGAGCUUCAUGACUGCAGAAUGCUCCAUCUUCUACCUGGGAGCACGGUCACUAUUUUGUUGAUCAUCCUUGAGGGAAGUUUGCCGGGUCUCAAGGUCUCCGAUAAUAUUGUGCGAAAGCAAGCCAUGUCCAAUCUCUAUGCCUGCGAAGAAGCAGCGAGUCAUCUGUUGCAAACCUAUCCAGCCGCCGAGAUUGUUCUUUCCCAGGCACAAACCGCGCGCGGACAUCUUCUGGGGCUAAUAGCCACCACGUAA